AUGAAGGGUACCAAAGGAUAGAUGUUCUAUUCCUAUUUCAGCCUCGUAAGGUUUCUGUGUGCGGCACUAAAGAUACACCAAGGUAUUCUUAAAUCCUCGUUAACUUAAUAAACUCCUUCUUAAGACUGUUUACCGUCUUAGAUCAUAACAAUAUAUAGAAAACUAGACGUAAGGGUACAUAUGACAGGGUCGAAGCAAGAGGUUGGUUCAUAUUUAAACAGAAGUCGAACGGCGCAGACACGAGCCGCAUCCAACAGUGGACCUAAUAGCCUUCCUACAUCCUUCUGUUAAAUUUAAAAAAAAAAACCUUCCAACCGAAAUCAAACUGAGACGUGUACUUGGAUUAGUUCGUUCGAUCACGAUUUUCUCCAAGUAGCUUAAAGGUGAGACGUAGAGGCGGAGUGACGGUGUCCUGAUUUCAUUUCAUAAGUGCUGUUUGAACGAGUUGGUGUAUUAAAAAUUUCCUGCACUGUUUCCCUCAGAUAUUUCUCUUUUAAAUACAAUACGAAGAAGAUUUAGAUGGUCAGCUAUUUUGUUCAAAUGUUCAAAUAAGCUCGAUGGAAGUUCCUUUUGUUUGAACAGAUCGAGGAGAUAAGGCAGUUCGAAUAAUUGAGCAAACUUUCGAUAAUAAGAAAUUCAGUUGUCAUGUGCAGCUUUUUUUCAUUAGUUUUUUGACAUUGUAUAGCUUACUUUAAAUACAAACAAAAUGAUUUGCACGCACUUAUUACAAGAAUACGCGUUCGUAUAUCGCGAAUUUACGGUCGACCGUAGAUUGAAUAAUAGAGGCUAAUAUGAGUUAAACAGAUAUAAACGAAGUGCAGAUAAAAUUCUACAUCUUGUCGAACAUCUUGUUGAAUAAUUUCAAAGCACUAGUACGAACUAGUUUAAAUAAUCAGAAGAAAGGAAAGAAAGAGAGAAAAGAAAGCAUGUAGUCUUAAAGGAGUCAUUUGAACAUUUACAGAGUCAAGAUGCUUCCUGUUUCGGGACCCAGCUACCAAGCUUACUCAUAUGGAGGUUCAAAGUUUGGAAAUCAAACGGUGGUUGACAAGGUUCCACCUGAUAUGCUCCAUCUAAUCGACGCCCAUUGGUAUCAAUACCCACCUCUAAAUCCAAUGUGGCAUGGAAUCCUUGGAUUUGUGAUAGGAAUGCUUGGUUUCAUCUCAGUUUCGGGGAACGGCAUGGUUGUCUACAUAUUUCUUUCGACAAAGAGCCUUCGUACGCCAAGCAAUUUGUUUGUAAUCAAUCUUGCCAUGAGUGAUUUCUGUAUGAUGUUCUUCAUGUCUCCGCCUAUGGUGAUCAGUUGUUAUUACGAGACAUGGGUACUUGGACCUCUCUUCUGUCAAAUUUACGCGAUGUUGGGGUCGUUGUUCGGAUGUGGCUCCAUAUGGACGAUGACGAUGAUUGCAUUCGACAGAUACAAUGUGAUCGUUAAAGGUUUAUCCGGUAGGCCAUUAACCAUUAACGGGGCUCUCCUCCGUAUACUGGGCAUAUGGGCGUUCUCUCUGAUUUGGACUAUCGCGCCUAUGUUAGGCUGGAAUAGAUAUGUACCAGAGGGUAACAUGACCGCAUGCGGUACCGAUUACUUCAGCAGAGACAUAGUGUCUGUUUCUUACAUUAUAUUAUACAGCAUCUGGGUUUACUUCAUCCCGCUGUUCCUUAUUAUCGGGAGUUACUGGUAUAUCAUCCAAGCGGUAGCUGCCCAUGAGAAGAAUAUGCGCGAACAAGCCAAAAAGAUGAAUGUGGCAUCUCUCCGAUCAUCCGAAAAUCAGAAUACUAGUGCGGAGUGUAAAUUGGCGAAAGUUGCCCUUAUGACAAUCUCUUUAUGGUUUAUGGCUUGGACUCCAUAUCUAGUCAUCAACUUCUCUGGCAUCUUCAAUCUUGUUAAAAUCAGUCCGCUUUACACCAUCUGGGGCUCUCUGUUUGCCAAAGCCAAUGCAGUUUACAAUCCAAUCGUUUAUGGAAUUAGUCAUCCGAAGUACCGAGCUGCAUUGUUCGCGAAAUUCCCAUCAUUAGCAUGCGCCGCCGAACCAGCAGCUACAGAUGCUACAUCUACUGUUUCCGGUACAACUACUGUUGCAGACAGCGAAAAAUCCAAUGCAUACAUUGUAAUAAUCAAAAUAUUACCUAUUCCAUCCUACUAGAGGUAAGAUUGUCCAUAUUGAACCAAAAGACCAAAUACCUAAUAUUUGAACUAUAGCUCUUUUGAUGAUGCAUAUAUACCUUCACUAUAACAUUAUACCUAUCUAAAGCAAUAGCUGUCAUGGUCCAUAUAGAAGCACAUCCACAUAAUGAUCCAACCAUUGCAUAAAUAUCACACAUUAAGGAGGACACAUAAAACCCAUCAUAAUGAAAUCAGAAAAAGCAAGAUUUACUACAAGAAGAUUACUUGGUGUUCUUAAAGCUGGUGUCAUUAUAAAUACAUAAACCACUACACCAUUUCCACACCAUCCUAUAAUACCUAAUAUUAUCAUAACUAAACCUAAGAUUUUAUGCCAUAAUGGAUCCAAUGGAGGAAACUGAUACCUAUAUUUUGAAAUUUAAG